AUGGAUGAGGAAUACGACGCCAUCGUCCUCGGCACCGGCCUCAAGGAAUGCGUGAUCUCCGGCAUGUUGUCCGUCUCCGGCAAGAAGGUGCUGCACAUGGACCGCAACAACUACUACGGCGGCGAGAGCGCGUCGCUCACCCCGCUCGAGCAACUCUUUGAAAAGUUUCAAGGGGCCAACGCGAAGCCGCCGAGCGAGAUGGGGCGCGGCCGCGACUGGAACGUCGACCUGAUCCCGAAAUUCCUGAUGGCCAACGGGUCGCUGGUGAAGCUGCUAAUCCACACCGGGGUCACCAGAUACCUCGAGUUCAAGUCGAUCGAGGGAUCGUACGUCUACCGCGGCGGAAAGAUUUACAAAGUCCCGGCCGACGAGAUGGAGGCCCUGUCGACGAGCUUGAUGGGAAUGUUUGAGAAGCGCCGUUUUAAGAAAUUCCUCGUCUGGGUGCAGCAAUUCGACGCGAACAAUAAGGAGACCUGGCAGGAGCUCGACCCGAACACCAACACAAUGCAACAGGUGUACGAGAAGUUUGGGCUGGACGAGAACACGGCCGAUUUCACCGGACACGCCCUAGCGCUCUACCGCGAUGACGAGUACAAGAACCAGCUGUUCGCGCCGACCGUCGAGAAAAUCCGGCUGUACUCGGACUCGUUGGCUCGUUAUGGAAAGUCGCCAUAUCUCUACCCUCUCUACGGACUCGGAGAAUUGCCACAGGGCUUCGCGCGUCUCUCGGCCAUCUACGGCGGCACGUACAUGCUCGACAAGCAGGUCGACAACAUUGUCUACGAGAACGGCAAGGCGAUCGGCGUGAAAUGUGGCGACGAGGUCGUCAAGGGCAAGCAGAUCUACUGCGACCCCUCCUACGCCCCUGAGAAGGUGACCAAGACCGGACAAGUCGUACGCGCCAUCUGCCUCCUCAACCACCCAAUCCCCAACACCAACGACGUGCCCAGCUGCCAGAUUAUCAUCCCGCAGAAGCAGGUCGGCCGCCAUUACGACAUCUACGUGUCGCUGGUGUCGAACACGAAUAUGGUCUCCCCGAAGGGAUGGUAUAUCGCGAUGGUGUCGACGACGGUCGAGACCGGAAACCCGGAAGCAGAGGUGUUGCCUGGGCUUCAGUUACUCGGCCCGAUCACCGAAAAGUUCAUCAGCAUCACCGACGUCUACGAGCCGACCGACUUGGGCAAGGAGUCUCAGGUGUUCAUCUCCCGAUCCUACGACCCGACCUCACACUUCAUGACGACGUGCACCGACGUGCUCGAGAUUUUCGAGCGGGGCACCACCACCGAGUUCGACUUCAAUAAGAUCACCCACUUGUCGCUCGAGGACAACGAG